CCAACGGUUAUAUUUUGGAAUUCUGAUUUUGGUUUUCUGAUUUUCCGACCGUUUGAUAGAUUGCAACGGCUCUUUCGUAUAUCUAUAUAUAGCAUUUGACAAACUUAUUUCUGCAUAAUCUUAUCAUUUAUAAUUUCUAUUUCAAGAAAUAUAGAAAUAUGGCACCACGAGGUCCCAAUUUUACAACAGAAGAAGAUACAAUGAUAUGUAGAAUCCAUUUAGCCAUAUCUCAAGAUUCUGCUACCGGAACCGAUCAACCAGAAAGAGUAUUAUGGAGUCGGAUCAAAGAUAAGUUGGAAGAAGCCCUGCCUUGUAAACCAAAACGUACUUGGACUUCUAUCCAGAGUCGAUUUCAGGGAAUCAGUAGACAGGUUUCACUUUAUUCUGCAAAAGUGUUGGAAGUUGAUGGUGAAUAUCAUAGCGGAUGGAAUGAAGUCUUGAGGGUUGAAGAGAUAAGAAAGCGAUUCAAAGAAAGUAAUGGUAACAAAAAAUUUAAGCACGAAGAGUGCUACGAAAUUCUAAAAGAUAGUAUCAAAUAUUCAGGACGGUCGACGUUUGUGUUUGAUUCAGGCCAAGAAAUGGAAGAUUCUCAGAGUGGUGAGGAAAACGCUGAUAUUGAGGAAACAAUUCCAGGCGAGUCCAGUGAUGAUCUAGAUAUUGGAGAUAUAGAGAACACACGUAAGCGUCAGUUGGGGAAGAAAGCAUCGAAACAACUAAAGAAAACAGGGAGAGCAAAAUCCAAUGCCCAGGAGGAAAUGCUAGAGGAUAUAAUUAAGGAGCAGCAAAGUUUCAAUGAACAUUACAAAGCACAAUCACUAAUGAAGAUGGGACAGAGACAAGCUGAGUUUGAAGCAAUACAAGCUAAGUCUGCGGCAAAGUUUGCGGCGAAACAAGCUAGGCAAGAAAAACUCGAUUUAAAGAAAGAAGCGGACGAUGACUUGGCCAUAAUGUUGAAGGAUGUCUCUACAUUGGACACUGUAACAAGAGAGUACUUCGAACUUCGAAAGAUGGAAAUACUACAACGCAAAAGAAACCAAUCUUAAAGCAUGACCGAAUUAGUUGAACCUUAAUAUUUAUCAUUAAUAAAAAAAUUAGUGAGUUUUAGUCAAUUUUAGUGAAUUUUAAUUUUUAUAUGAUAAAUAGUACAUUAGUAAGCAACGUUACAACAUA